CUUUGUUCACGUUGUGACUUCUGGUUGGUUAGUUAUCUGUGCCUGUGAAGUGGUGUGUUGUCUCAUUUCAGCAGUACUGAUUCUGAAGUGGUCUGCCUCUGAUGAAAGUUCAUAGCACUCAGAGAUUGAGAGACACAGCAAGGUGGUUCAGACGGCUUGUCGGGAGUGAUCUAGCUCUCUCAGGAGCAAGCACAUUGACACUAAAAGGAGGUUAGGAGGCGACAGGUUGCACCACAGAUUAGCACAACUGCUCUUUGGUGGACGCACUCUGAUUCUGACGGUAAUUGAAAUGGCAAAUAGUCAGGAUAUUGUAUGCGAUAUUCAAGAGAAUUUCACAAGUGAGGAAGAGACGUACCUGAAUGUGUAUGAUGCAGGGGACAGGUUUGCUAUUGAAGUGGUCUAUCCCUGCAUCAUGGCCCUAGGAAUCAUCACCAAUGGAGCAUUUUGUAUCGUCUUGUCUCGAGUAAAACAAAUGAGAAAUGUAACCAAUCUUUACUUAGUCAACUUGGCUUUGGCUGACAUGACUUUCUUGAUUGUAGCAGUGAGUGAGAAGCUUGCUCGCAUCAUCGCCUCUCCAGUUCAACUUGAUAAAACUCUGUAUGGAUUGGCCGGUUGCAUCCUGAUUCCCUUCAUCGUUAACUGCACCUAUUUUGCCUCUAUCUUUAUUGUCACUCUAGUUUCCAUAGAGAAGUUUUAUGCCAUCUGCCGUCCGUUACAGCACCGUAGAAUAAGCAGUUUUGAGCGGACAGUUAAGUUACUCAUUGGAGCGUGGAUGCUCUCCAUCCUGUGUUCUUGUACAUUCAUCCCAGGCAGAGCCAAUGUUGUCACUAUCUGCGUCCAGUGGCCAGCAGACUACGCUGACAUUGACCUGCCUUCUGUUGUCACUCUGUGCACAUCGAUCAAUGUCUGGAAUUGGUUCCAACACGUCUCCAACUUCUUACAGUCUGUGCCGUUUUUCGUCGCUGCUGCUGCAAACACUGUGAUGUAUGUCAAAAUUCUGAAGACAAUGCAUAGGCGGGUUGGCGCACAAGACGAUCUGACUGAGAUGAAUAACAAGAGAGUCCAAGUACGCAAUCAAGUAGCUGCUAUGCUCGUUGCUAAUGGUCUAGUUUUCUUCUUAUGCCAGAUGUUAUUUCAGUGUGUCUCCGUUGCCUUGGCAUUCCGACAUCUUAGGACUCCGCCCAUUUUGACCGUCGCACAAAUUGACAAGGCGCUACUAGUAGCCAGGAUCCUCACCUAUCUGAAUUCAGCAGUCAAUGCCAUCAUCUAUAACAUCGUCAGUUCCCGCUAUCGUAGUGCGUUCAAGGAGACAUUUUGCUGGCGGAAGGCUCGUAGAGUUCAUCCCAGACCCAGAGUUAACAAUGUAGACAAUAACCAAGAUCUUCUCAAUCCAGAAAGUGGCCAGAGUGACUCAAGAAAUCGCACAUCCGUAGCUGAUAACUCAAGAAAUCGCUCGUUAGAAACUGAAAACACUCUGUGUUAGAAUUGAUUCAAAACAUUAAUAGUAAUUUUCAAGAAAUAUUUAGUUCUGUAUUAAGUUCUUGUAAAAUGAGUCUCCAAAAUCAACAGAUUACAAAUUUGAUAAUUUUGGGUUUUUUUAGUAUAGAAAAGAGCCUACAUAUCUCUUGCAAUUUUUUCCGCAUAUAUUCAGCCUGGAAUUGACAGUUUUUAUUAAUUUGAUCACGGAAGUAAAUUGAAAGACUUGUACUUGCAAACUAGAUCUAAUAGUUAGCGCCUUUCAACUCUUCGGGUGAUUUAUGGCUUAAAAUGAAAAGAAAAGACAAAAAGAAAAAAAAAAUCGGUAGCCAAAGUCCAUUAAGACGUAAGUAAAUACUCAAAGGUGAGAUAUGCAAGAACCUCUGACCAAUUCAAAUAAAUGCAUUUGCAGAUUUUAUUUGAAGGAGCGUUAUCAAAUUUAUCCAUUAUGGAAAGUUUUGAUUUAAGAAUGCCGUUUCAUAUGAAGCCGCCAUCCCCAUUUGUGGUUCUCGGUUGAUUGAAAGCUUGCAUUUCAGUACUUGUGUGAACAUGAAAGUGGUCUAUUUAUUUAAGUACGAGACAGUGCACGCUCGUUUGUACUCCGUAGUUAUUCUAUUACAGGCUUAUUAGGUAGGAGGCUUGUGCUACUGCUAAAUUUAAGGCUACGUUCUGCUGGAUUCUUACAAAAAUGUGGCUGCUGUAUGUAAGUGGGAAAAAAUGCCUUGAUUGAAGAAAAAUUCACUUGUUGUAGCUCCAUUUUCGUAACUGUGUAUAUAGAAAGAAUGUGAAUGUUUCUGUAAAUAUUUAAAUAUUUAAAUGUUUAAAUAUUCAAAUGGUUAAAUAUUCAAAUAUUUAAAUAUGUAAAUAUCCAAAUAUUUAAAUAUUUGUACGUUUAAAAGGCAUGACAAAAUUCAUCACAGGUGAACACUUGAAAACUGUCUGUGUGUCUAUCAUGUGAAUUGGUCAGGUUGCUAGGAUCAACAAGGGCAACCUCUUAAUCACCCUUGUUUUGUGAGUAAGUUUGCAUUUAAGCAGCAGGUGAUGGGUUCAAAUCUCACCGAAGCCAGCUGGUGAAAUUGCCUCCCAGGUUUACAUUAAGCACAGCAUGUACAGUGCCUAUUAAUGUUAUUAAAAAAAAGAAAAAAAAAAGUAGAAUUCAAGCCAGUGAAUUUUUUUUAUUGAAAUCAGUAUUAUCAUUUACAAUUGCACAAGUUGUACAUAAAGUAGUUUAGUUGGUAAAUGUGUGUUCUUUAAAUCACAAAAAAGUUAUUAUCAAUGCAUGUUUGUCUAGUGAAGUCAACCAAAUCCUGAACUUAGGCCUGUGUAUCAAAGUUUUAGAAAUAGAGAUGUUUGUUCAUAUAGUAGCUUUUUGCUUCUGCAAAAAAAAUAAAAAAAAUCUUUAACAAUAAUAGAAUUUGUUUUGUGUGGGAAAAGUUAUGUAAAAGAGGGACAUUUACCAAGGUUGUUUAGUAAGUAAUUUAACCCAAGGCUUCCCAAACCUUCAAAUAAAUCCUCCUUGCAUAAAUAGAGGAUUUUGCAAGAUUGAGGCU